AGAAGUAGACAAUUGACCAUACAGUCGACUGUCAGUCCUCCCGCUCCUGCUGAUGGCCCAAACCCACCAGUCGACCCUAAUGAUCUGAGCUGGCCUGGUAAGCUAUUUCAAACUGAACCUUUGUGGACCGGUUGGACUUAUAUUUUCCAAAUUAUAAAUCUAGGCCCAAGCGAAAAAAGGCCUCUGGGGUCGAUAGGUGACGAAAAUGAAGAGCGAAUUCAGAAGCUUGCGGAAGCCGUGCGGAUAAUAUUGAAGUGCGUUGGUGAAAACCCGGAGCGAGAGGGUCUACUCCAGACUCCAGAGCGAUAUGCCAAGGCCAUGCUCUAUUUCACCAAGGGUUAUGAGGAGAGAGUUGAGGAUCUGGUUAAUGGGGCUAUUUUCCAUGAGAACCAUGACGAAAUGGUCGUUGUGAAAGAUAUCGAUAUCUCUUCUCUCUGCGAACACCACAUGGUUCCAUUCACUGGAAAGAUGCACAUCGGUUACAUUCCAGAUCGCCGUGUCCUUGGUCUCUCCAAACUAGCCCGACUGGCAGAGAUGUUCGCUCGCAGACUCCAAGUUCAAGAGCGUUUGACUAAAGAAGUUGCUAUUGCCAUUUCAGAUGUCCUUAAACCCUAUGGUGUCGGCGUCGUGAUGAGCUCCUCCCACUUUUGCAUGGUUAUGCGCGGCAUACAGAAGGUUGGAAGCACUACCACCACUAGCUGCAUGCUGGGAUGCAUGCGCUCAAACGCGCAGACUAGGGAGGAGUUUCUGACACUUCUAGCCCGAAUUUGA